CUGAGCCUGAAGUUACAGUUGAUGGUGAUCAAGAGCAGUUUAUAGCUAAGGGGGAGAAUGUCACGUUGAUCUGUCGAUAUAACACUUCUACACCUGUGUCUGAGGUAGAGUGGAUAAAAGAUGGAGAGGUGAUUGCCAUUAAUUCUACUGUGACCAAAAAUGGAUCAAGACUGACAAUAAUCUAUUAUAAUGACAGUUUAUCGCAGCUCUCAAUAGCCUCAGCCUCCUUACAGGAUUCUGGAAAUUACACUUGUAAUGUUACAAAUGGAUUAAAUAGAACAACGGAUUCUACUUUGAUCGUUAUACAAGUAAAGCCUUCAAUCGAGACGAACCCACAAGCUGAUCCAGUCAACGAGGGAGGAAACUUGACCUUAUUUUGCAACGCGUCUGGAAGCUCUUUGUCGAUAUCUUGGACAAAAAAUGGAUGUGCUAUAAAUCCCAGUGAGGACACGAGGAUCCGUCUGUCAGAAGACAACGAGCAGCUGACUAUAACGAAUGUGAGCAGAACAGACAACGGAGCCUACCAGUGUGUGGCGAGCAACAAUGUUGGAAAAGCUACCUCCGAUGCCGCCACGGUGACUGUUCGAUUUAAGCCUGAAAUAUCCCAAGGUCCAAGUAACACCAUAAAAGUGGAAGGACAGACUGCUGUGUUCAGUUGUUUGGUAGCAGGCUACCCCACGCCUAAUGUUACUUGGACAAAGAAUGACGUUGAAUUGAAUAUAGCAGCAAAUUCAAAAUUAAAUUUCUCUUACAAGGGUGGAAAUCACAGUUUGACAGUAAAAAAUGUUCAACAGUUGGAUGCUGGAAAAUACAGAUGUGUCGGCAAUAACAUAUUGGGUAACUCCACUUCAUCUCCAGCCACUCUUACUGUGCAAUUUUCGCCAGAGGUGGCAAUUGAUGGAGAUCAGGUUCAGUUUGUCGCAAAUGGCACACAUUUACAGCUGACAUGCCGCUUUAACGCUUUGCCUCCCGCGUCUGAGGUGCAGUGGAUAAAAGACGGGACUGUGAUUGCAUCAACCCUCACUGCGCCCCCGAAUGGGUCACGAGUGAAUAUUUCACAUUAUAAUGAAAGCCAAGCUCAGCUGUCAAUCAAGGCAGUUUCCUUAAAAGAUUCUGGAAAUUACACAUGCAAUGUUUCAAAUGUUGUUGGCAGCUCCUCGAAUAGAACAUCGAUUAUCGUUCAAGUUACGCCCACCAUCGAAAAGGACCCAAUAGCUGUUCCAGUAAAGGAAGGAGAGAACUUUACUCUGUUUUGCAACGCUUCUGGAAGCUCUCUGAUAUUAUCAUGGACGAAAAAUGGAUCUGUUAUAGAUCCCAGGGACGACUCGAGGAUACAUUUGUCGACAGACAACGAGCAGCUGACAAUAACGAAUGUGAGCAGGAAAGACAACGGAGCAUACCAGUGUGUGGCGAGCAACCAGAUUGAUAAUAGACUGAUAAUUUCUUUUUCUUUCUUUGUAUUGUUAGUUGCCCCUGAAAUCUCCCAAUCUCCAAGUAAUGCCGUGAAAGUGGAAGGAAAAACUGUUGUGUUCAGUUGCGUAGUGGCAGGAUACCCUGAGCCUGAUGUCGCUUGGACAAAGAAUGGGGUGAAAUUGAAUGCGUCAGGAAAUGCGCGACUUGAUGUCUCUUCCAAUAAUGGAAACCACCAAUUGAAUAUAUCAAAAGUUCAACAAUCAGAUGCAGGAAUAUACAGAUGUGAGGCCAAUAACAGUCUGGAUAACGCGACUUCAUCUCCAGCGACACUUACAGUACAUUAUCCUUCUUUUUUCCAAACCCUACCAGUUUUUGGAGUAUUUUAA